CAAGUCCCUGCCAAAAUCCAAAAUGGCCACUUUCUUUGGAGAAGUUUUGCCAGUGUUUUCUCGAGCGGUUGAAGACGAAGAUGACGAUGAUGCAGCCCUGCUACCUCAUCAAGAACAAUAUGUUUGUCUAAGAUGGUCACCUGAAACCAGAAGAAUCUUUGAAGAAAAACAGACCCUCCAAUGUUCGUCGAUUAUAAUAGCUGUUGGAAAAGCUGCAACAGCUUUUGCCAAUACCUACUUAGUGGAAAAUAACACUGAUGUGAUUGGUACAAUAUGUAGUGGCAUGAGCAACAGGGAAUCAAAUACUUUAUGCCAACGUUCACUGCGAGAUCGGACAUGCAAUAUCCAUAGAUUAAAGAACAAAUCAGAUGUGCUUCUUUGCUUAUGCAACACCAUUGUGACUCCAGAGCAAGCAUUUUCUUGGACUACACAGCUAUUUUCAAGUCUUGACAAAUCAACCCAUGUGACAGUCAUAUCCUCGAGCCAUGCAUCAGAAUAUAAGAGUGACAUUCCUUCAUCAGAUCUGCCCUUUCCUAUGUUGACUGCACUGAAGACGUCUACCUUCAGUGGGAAAGCUGUGUGUCGCUAUCUUCAGCAGCCCAAUACUGUCACUGGACUACCAGCACAAAUUUUAACAUAUUGUCAAAGUCACAGCCUGCCCGCAGUGUUGUACCACACAUACACAGAUGUACUCUAUUUGGAUUCCAUCACAAUCAACAGCUUCAAACCAUUACUGAGGAUAUCACCUUUCAGAGAUAUACUUCUGAAAAACCCUAGAGCUGCAGAGAAACUUGCCAAACUGACUGAAGUGGAUGCUGCUGCUGACAACAACCUUUACAUCUGAACAUUUGGCCACUCCAUUCUGGACUGUGAGAACAACUGGACUGCUAUUCUAUACUAUUCAAAAUAUAUCAAACUACUUAUUACCCUGAGCUGUGGCGACUCACAUCUGUCAACUGAGGACAUUCUGCAGACAUAAGUUAUGAUAUAAACAUUAGAGUUUUCUUGUGAUAGGAUCAAGGCAUGAUUGGCCGUUGUAUCUGAAUGAUUCACACCCAUAGUUUUUUAAUCCUGGAAUUUACACAGUUGGAGAAUAUUUACAUCAAUAAAGUCAAGUGUCAGCAUUCA